AUGGAGUGUUCUAUACCUCCUCAAUCUCAUGUGAAGUUCGCCAUAUGCUACAUCUUGAGAACUUGUAAGACAACAAGACUCCACGGAAAUGGACAAGAUGCUUUUGUAUCAGGGGGGUUUACGGUCUGGCGCAAGAAAGAAAGAUUAAGAGAUCAUGUUGGAAACCAUAAAAGUGCUCAUAACAGGUGCAGAUUAGCAUGUGAGGAUUUGAUGAAUCAAGCCCAAGACAUUGAGGUCUCUUUGGCAAAACAGUCAACACAGUCUAAGCUUGACUACCGCCUGCGAUUAGAUGCAACGAUUAUUUCUCUUCGUUAUCUUAUAAUGCAAGGAUUGCCUUUCGGCGGUCAUGAUGAGUCAGAAGAAUCAUUAAAUCAAGGUAAUUUUCUUGAGUUCUUGAAAGUUAUUUCUUCUUGCAAUGAAGAGAUAGCUAGUGUUGUGCUAAAAAAUGCUCCAGACAAUCUCAAACUUACAUCACCAGAUAUUCAGAGAGAUAUUAUAAAUGCAUUUGCUGUUGAGACAACGAAAGCUAUUGUACAUGAUAUGAGAAGUGAAUUUUUCUCCAUAUUAGUUGAUGAGUGUCGAGAUGUAUCUGUCAAAGAGCAAAUGGGUGUUGUGGUGCGAUAUGUGGACAAGAAUGGAUGUGUUAUAGAACGUUUUCUUGGUGUUGUUCAUGUUAGUGAUACAACUGCAACCUCACUUGAGAAAGCACUUGAUUAUUUGUUAUCUACUUAUGAUUUAAGUAUAUCUAGUUUGAGAGGUCAAGGAUAUGAUGGCGCAAGCAACAUGAGAGGAGAAUUCAAUGGGUUGAAGAGUUUGAUACUCAAGAGAAAUUCCAGUGCUUAUUAUGUACAUUGCUUUGCUCAUCAGCUUCAGCUCACGAUUGUUGCUGUUGCUAAAAAGCAUAAAAUUUAUGUUGGGGAGAAUGGUCAUGACGAUUCAAUAAGGGCUGAAGCUGAUGAUGUGCUAGAAAUUAUAAAUAGUUUUGAGUUUGUCUUUGUGUUACAUCUUAUGAAGCAAAUCUUGGGAAUCACACAUGAACUCUCCCAAGUGCUACAAAAGAAAGAUCAAGACAUUGUUAAUGCGAUGAAUCUUGUCAAGGUAGCAAAAUCACGUCUGCAAAUAAUGAGGGAAAAAGAUUGGGAUGUAUUGCUUGCUGAUGUUUCUAAGUUUUGCAGCAAAUAUGAACUGGAUGUGCUUGACAUGGAAGAUGAGUUUGUAGUUCGAAAAAAAGGAAGACGUAGAGCUGAGAAAAUGAAGAAUCUCCACUAUUAUUGA